UCCCGCGGUCUGCAAUAUUUUGAUCAGGGGACCCAUGAAUCCAUUCAACCCAGUUCGUUCAGUUCGCUUCGGUCGAUGCGGUGGCUCCACAGUCAGUUCAGUUAGCAGUACAAGUUAGUCGUCAGACGUCCGCCGUGGUCAGAGCAACGAACGGAUUGCCAAGUGCUAACUACCAGAUACAAGAUACAAGAUACAACUCAGACGCAGAUACACAAACACGGAUACAUAUAUAUAUAUAUAUACAUAUAUAUAUGUACAUAUAAAUAUUUGCUUUUUUUUUUGAAUAAGCAACGCGCGAGGGUGUCAUAUACUGCUAGUAGUACCUACCUAUAGAGACAUUGCCGAUCGGCCAGCGAACAUAUAGACAGCGAGCGAGUGGAUAUUUUUUUACUUAUUUUUUGUGACAACCGCGCGACAAGUGUUUAAAAAUAGUUGCCCAGCUAAGACUAAACUCCCCCAGUCACUUAGCCACUUAGCCACUUAGCCACCUAGCCACCUAGCCACUUUAGCCGCUCUGUCUGUCAGUCUGUCAGGUUAGCCCAUCAUCAGUCACUAAAAAACAGCAACAAUAUGGUCGAGACCGUGGUCAAUAUUGAACGCACAACAACAACAACAACAAAUGGACCACCCGGAGGCGGUAAUCCCUCCAGCGAAGGAGCAUCCUGGGGAGCUAUCCGUCUAAAUACUGACUAUUACCGCACUAUUCCGGGAAUUUUAAAACUUGUUCAGUUCGUGGUGGGCAUCAUCUGCAUGGCCCUGGCCUCUCCGCCCCUGACCUCGGCCACCUCGUUCUUCAUGUUCGUGAUCGUGGUCUCGUUCAUCAUCACCAUCCUGCUCAUCUUCGCCUACUUCCUGGGCAUCCGUGAGGCCCUCAACGUCUCCGUCAACUGGGUAUUCUUGGAGCUGAUCACCACCGCUGUACUGACGCUGUUGUACUUCAUCGGGUUCAUUGUCCAGCUGGCCAGGUGGUCGGAUGUGCGAGACACUCCGGGCACGGGAUCCAACAUAGCUGCCGGCGUCUUCGGGCUGUUCAACUUCCUGGCCUAUGCGGCGGGCACGUACUUCCUGUUCUUGGCGCACCGGUCGGGAGCCACCCACUAAGUCCGAAGUCCGAAGGAUCAGCUAUCAGGACGAACCCCAGGACGGAACUUAGUGUAGAAUUACUUCUAUUUGUUAACAGAUUAAGUGUAAUUUCGUCCGUUUUUCAUUUUUUUUUGUUUGUUAUUUAUGCGAGGACAGAGGACAGUGGACAGAGGACAUAGUUGAACUGAAGGACAUCCGGAAUGGAGAGCUCAAUGGAACUUCGCGACUUGAUAUGUUUUUAAUGUUAUUUUUUAAUGCCCUAACUUAUAAUGCCGAUGCUAAAGCUUAAGAUUAAAGUCACCCGAAGAAUCACAGGAUCUCAGUUUUCCCCAUUAGGGGAACUGGGAAAGGAUAAUGGCUGUUCCUCGACAGACAUCCUCGACACACAUAUGCACAAAAUAAAUAAAUAAAUGAAUACAAAAAUUAAAUAGUAACGGCAGAGAGUCAAGUUCAAUAAAUUAUUUGUAUUUUCUCAA